AUGACUUUUUUUAUACAUUUAUAUUGUGUGAUAUGGAUAACUUUAUUGACAGCAUGCUGCAGUACGACAGGUCGGGAAUUGCCCAACGGACAGAAUGUAGUAUCAGUAGCUCCUAUAAAGGUUUUCGAUGAAUCUAUGUAUCCGAGAUUUGCUGAGCCAAUACCAAAUGUCACGGUCACUGUUGGCAAGGAUGCUCUGUUGGCGUGCGUCGUAGAUAAUUUAAGAGGAUUUAAGGUCGCCUGGGUUCGUAUGGACACCCAAACAAUCCUCAGCAUCCACCACAACAUAAUUACCCAGAACCCGCGCAUCAGCCUGUCCUACAACGACCACCGCUCGUGGUACCUCCACAUCAAGAACGUUGAGGAGGUUGACCGAGGAUGGUACAUGUGCCAGGUCAACACCGACCCGAUGCGUUUCAGGAAAGGAUAUCUACAAGUUGUAGUUCCCCCAUCGAUCAUCGACAACAUGACGUCCACGGAUAUGGUGGUGAGGGAAGCCACCGACGUGACCUUGGUGUGUCGCGCCUCGGGUUACCCCGAGCCUUAUGUUAUGUGGAGGAGGGAGGACGGUCAAGACUUUAAUUAUAACGGCGAAUCUGUAAGCGUGGUGGAUGGGGAGACGCUUACCAUAACAAAAGUGUCUCGACUACACAUGGGAGCCUACUUGUGUAUCGCAUCAAAUGGAGUGCCCCCUUCGAUAAGCAAACGGAUCAUGCUCAUGGUUCAAUUUCCACCAAUGCUGUCGAUACCAAAUCAACUGGAAGGGGCCUAUGUCGGCCAAGACGUAACUUUAGAAUGUCAUACGGAAGCGUACCCUUCCUCAAUUAACUACUGGACCACGGACCGCGGAGACAUGAUCAUUUCCGGUGGCAAGUACGAAGCGUUCCCGGUGGAUAGCGGCUACAACAAAUUUAUGAUGCUCAAGAUUCGCAAUAUCACCAAAGAAGAUUUCGGAUUUUACAAGUGUAUCGCGAAGAACUCUUUGGGCGAGACGGAUGGCAUCAUCAAACUGGAUGAAAUCCCUGCUCCACCGUCUGUCUUCACGACCACGCUGAAAUCUGUUUUGGAUAAUCAAACGAUCAGGAAAAAGGGUCAACUUCAAAUAGUACAAACGAACGAUGCUGUCAGCUCUACAUUCCAAGGUGAAGCGUUUGGUGAACAAAUUAGAGAUUUUGAUUUUUACGAAGAAAAUGCAGCGACGAAAAAAGACAAACUAUUAUGUUUAAUACUAAUUGUGAUAAGCGCAGCGACACAAAUGCUCUGUUUAUAA